AUGGUCAACUCGCUCGCCCUCGUCCUCGCCUCUCUCGCCCUCGGCCUCGUGUCGACCGUGACGGCAGCUCCCGUCGUCGCUCAAGAGCACCCCGACGUCGACCUCGCCAAGCGCUCGCCCGACCUGCUCUGGGCCCUCGACGACCUCGACUACGGCUACUACGGCUGGCGCGGCGGGUGGAAGAGGGACCUCGACGGCCACCCGAACGCCGAGGGCCUCGUCAAGCGCGACUCGUUCCCGAUCGAGGAGCGUGACGUGCACCCGGCCGAGCUCGAGAAGCGCCAGUUCGGUGGCUACGGCGGCGGCUACGGCGGCUACGGGUACGACCGCUCGAGCUACAACUCGGGCUACUACGGCGCAGCCACGACCGACGACCUCGCCAAGCGCUCCGACUCGCCCGACCUCGAGGCGCGCGCCGUCGAGCCGGUCGAGGCCGCAGCCGAGCCCGCCAACGCCGCCGUCGCCGAGCCGGUCGAUGCGGCCGCUCAGCCCGCCGAGGCCUACCCCUACUACGGCUACCGCCCGUGGCACUACCGCCCUUACCGCCCGUACCGCCCGUACCGCUACGGCUGGUAGACGAGCCAGCUCUCGCGCGCGACCUUCUCCCGAACACCUCUCUCCCACUCUCUUUCUCUCUCCUCGUCGUGUAGCUUGACCUUUCGACCGCGGACUGUCGCCCUCGUCGUUCCCCUCCUUCCCUCCUUUUGUGCUCUCCCUUCCCUCGUGCUGUAGCCCCUUGCCGCGCGCUGCAACAGACGUUCGCUUUGUCCA